GGGGGCGAGGGCGGGCCGGUAGCCCAGCCCAGAGCCCUCCUCCGCCUCGCCUCCUAAGUAAGACCGGAGGCUGCGGCCCGGCAGCUACAGCGGCGGGAGAUCGCGAUCCUGCUUGUUGGGUGGACAGACACCCGGCUCGUCCCCCGCUCGGUCUCGGGGCGGAGGCCCGGCGCGCACGCGCACACGACCUCCGCGCCCGGCGUCUGCGCGCCGCCGAGUCCCCCAGCUCUGCGGCGGGCACCGCAGGCACCCGCGCGUGGCAUGAGGGACUACGAUGAAGUGACCGCCUUCCUGGGCGAGUGGGGGCUGUUCCAGCGCCUCAUCUUCUUUCUGCUCAGCGCCAGCAUCAUCCCCAACGGCUUCAAUGGCAUGUCAAUCAUGUUCCUGGCGGGGACCCCGGAGCACCGCUGCCGGGUGCCGGACAGCGCGAACCUGAGCAGCGCCUGGCGCAACCACAGUGUCCCGCUGCGGCUGCAGGACGGCCGCCAGGUGCCUCACAACUGCCGGCGCUACCGGCUCGCGGCGAUCGCCAACUUCUCGGCGCUGGGGCUGGAGCCGGUGCUCGAUGUGGACCUGGAGCAGCUGGAGCAGGAGAGUUGCCUGGAUGGCUGGGAGUUCAGCCAGGACGUCUUCCUGUCCACCAUCGUGACCGAGUGGAACCUGGUGUGUGAGGACGACUGGAAGGCACCGCUCACGAUCUCCUUGUUUUUCGGGGGUGUGCUGGUGGGCUCCUUCAUUUCGGGGCAGCUCUCAGACAGGUUCGGUCGGAAGAACGUGCUGUUCGUGACCAUGGGCGUGCAGACCGGCUUCAGCUUCCUGCAGGUCUUCUCCAAGAACUUCGAGAUGUUUUCCGUGCUGUUUUUCAUUGUAGGCAUGGGCCAGAUCUCCAACUACGUGGCUGCGUUUGUCCUGGGCACAGAAAUCCUCGGCAAGUCAGUGCGUAUCAUAUUCUCCACAUUAGGAGUGUGCAUAUUUUUUGCAGUUGGCUACAUGAUGUUGCCACUGUUUGCUUACUUCAUCAGAGACUGGCGGAUGCUGCUGCUGGCGCUGACCGUGCCCGGGGUGCUGUGCGCGCUGCUCUGGUGGUUCAUCCCUGAGUCCCCCCGAUGGCUCAUCUCCCAGGGACGAUUUAAAGAGGCAGAGGUGAUCAUCCGCAGGGCGGCCCAAAUCAACGGGAUCGUUGCCCCCCCCACCAUCUUCGAACCGAAUGAGCUCGAGGACCUCAGUUCCCAGAAGCAGCAGACCCACAGCAUCCUGGAUCUGCUGCGAACCUGGAACAUCUGUGUGGUCACCAUCAUGUCCAUCAUCCUGUGGAUGACCAUAUCGGUGGGCUAUUUCGGGCUCUCCCUGGACACCCCUAACUUGCAUGGCGACAUCUAUGUGAACUGCUUCCUGUCGGCAGUGGUGGAAGUCCCGGCGUACACGCUGGCCUGGCUGCUGCUGCAGUACCUGCCCCGGCGCUACUCCAUAGCCACCGCCCUCUUCCUGGGCGGCAUCGUGCUCCUCUUUGUGCAGCUGGUGCCCUCAGACUUAUACUACGUAUCCACCACCCUGGUGAUGGUGGGCAAGUUCGGAAUCACAUCUGCCUUCUCCAUGGCCUACGUGUACACGGCCGAGCUGUACCCCACCGUGGUCAGAAACAUGGGCGUGGGGGUCAGCUCCACUGCGUCCCGCCUGGGCAGCAUCCUGUCUCCCUACUUCGUCUACCUCGGUAUCUGGAGUUCUUCGGAAACCUGGCAUUGGGAAAUAGGGAUGGUAAUCAUCGUGGCUCCGCGCCCCUUCCCUGCCCUGUGGGGCCCUGCUGAGGCUCUGAGCAUGUCGGUGCAGACCCAGGUGCCGAGACCUGUCUGGGUGCUGGAUUCCAGUCUGGCAACUCAGACUGUGGGACACGCAGAGGCUGAGAGAGCAGGUGCCUAUGACCGCUUCCUACCCUAUAUUCUCAUGGGAAGUCUGACGGUCCUGACAGCCAUCCUCACCUUGUUCCUCCCAGAGAGCUUCGGCAUCCCCCUGCCAGACACCAUCGACCAGAUGCUGAGGGUCAAGGGAAUAAAAUACAAGCAAACUCCAAGCCACACAAGGAUAUUAAAAGAUGGUGAAGAGAGUCCCAUAGUCCUUAAAAGCACAGCCUUAUAAUGCCCUCCCCCCCCCCAGGGGGUAAGCCAGCAAAGAUGAAAGACUGCAUCCCGUCAGAAGUGGUUUGUGUGGACAUGGGGCCCUUCAGGGACGAAGGUCCCUGCUGUUCAUCCUGGUGGCCCUGUGUCUGACCUGCUGGCAGAUGGGUACCUGGCCUUGGAGGCCGCAUGUGGUCCUGGAGCACCACCUUCCCUCCAGUGACGCCGGGACUGUCAACAGACAGCUUCAGAAACGUCCUAACAUGGCGAGGGAUGGGGCACCGCCCAAGAAGUGAACUCGUACCAGUGGGAUUCGGAAGAGCGUGAGAAGCACCUGCUAAACUUACAUUUUAACUUCAGACUUCCUGAAAAGGCCCCCCAAUAAGACAGGAGGUCUAAAUCCCACCCCCCAAAUCUUUCCCUCUAAAGGCGCACUUUAAAGGAAAAGACAUCAUUUCACAGGGAGUUGGAUUUCUCACCCUUUCCCAGUAACUGGGAGGGCUGCUGCUCCAGGGCGGGAGGGCCCAGGGCUGGGCAAGCCUAUAGGUAGUUAACUCGGAGGGGCCCGAGCAGGCACAGAACACAGGCCAGCGUCCCUGUGUGAGCUCCUGGGCCACUUGGUGUGACUCUGGGUAAACUUGUUUACAUCUGAUCAAAGCACUGGGCUUGUCCAGGCCCGUAACAAAUGCACCACAGAACCUACUGGUCUCGUUUUCUGCCAGGCGAUUCGAACCUAGCUAUCACGGUUUCCACGUGUGGUUUGAAGGAAACACAUCAGGAAGAGAGAGACAAGCAAACUUGUCUCUUUUCUCAAAACAAUAAUGAGAUUUUGUCUGUUCGUGUGUCAUCUGCUUGUCGAUUUGUUAUGUUUUCUUCUCCUUAAGUUAUUUACCCUUCAGAACAGACUUGGGGGAGACUGGUGCCACAGUCUCUUGGUCAGUGGCUCUUUCUGUCAACCCAGAACCACUCUGGUAAUAAUGGUCUGCAGCUGCCACCCAGGCAAGGCCUCAGCACUUUCAGCCACCGGCACCUCUCCAAGUCCCGAAACGGACAUCAUCGUGUGGCUUCUUUUCAUGAUACCUAACCACGGGGAAAAUUACAAAGAAGAAAGGUAAACCGUGUUCACAGCCCUUCAGAGUUGCUCACUUCAGUCAUGUGACGUUGGCAGACACUUGUGUUCAGUGUAACCGCCUUCCCUUUUCCAUCGUCACCAUGGUUACUGUGGGACUCCUGCAGCGUGUGCUCCACCUGGUUCAAAACCACAUGUCUGGGAAAGCUACUGAAGUGCCUUGGAAAUGAAGCUGUUUUAAUAAAAAGAAUGAUUUUUUUAAAAUAA